CCCGCCAAGAGGUUCCCGCGCUGCACAGAGCAGCAGCCGCUGGACUCCGGGAUCAGGGACUCCGGGAUCUGGGACUCCGGGAUCACUGAUAAAAUGCCCCGAAUGUUAAACUCGAUCGUCGCUGUUUGCCCCAAUAUGGGGAUCGGCAAAGACGGAAACCUGCCCUGGCAUCCGAAAAGGCUGAACAAAGAAUUCAAACAUUUCCAAAGGAUGACCUCUACACCAUCAACAGAAGGGAAGAUCAAUGUAGUUGUCAUGGGAAGAAGAACCUGGUUCUCAAUUCCUGAGAAGAACCGACCUCUGAAAGACCGAAUAAAUAUUGUGCUCAGCAGAGAGCUCAAGGAAACUCCUAAAGGAGCCCAUUACCUGGCUCAUGACCUGGCCUCGGCACUGACUACUCUAGACUCCCCAGAGCUGCGGGACAAAGUGGAUCUCGUGUGGAUCAUUGGCGGCAGCGCUCUCUAUAAGGAGGCCAUGGAAAACCCAGCCCAACACCGGAUCUUUGUGACCCGGAUCCUUCAGGAUUUUGAGAGCGAUACCUUUUUACCAGAGAUUGAUUUAAAUAAGUUCAGACAUCUUCCCAAGUUCCCUGCUAUUGAUGACGGUGUUCAUGAAGAGAAUGGUAUUCAGUAUAAAUUUGAAGUCUACGAGAGAAUCACCAAAGAAUAACCCAAGGGGAUUCCAGAGUCAGUCACUGAUCAGUUUACACAUCUUCAUGAGUUUGGACAAUGUUUGUGUGAUUCUUAAAUUAAUUACACCAGACCUGAUUUGUAGAUUUUUUUAAAAAAAUGUAUAUAUAAGGAUAUUUGUGAAGUGUUCUAAGACACUAUCCUACGUGAAGGGGGCUCUAUAAAUUCAAGUUAUUGUUGUUGUUUCAGUGUCAGCCUGAGGAAUAAUGGCAAAUAAUACAGAGCAUUUGCUGCAUAAAA